CGUUCAGAAACAAACUGGUGGCUUUACUUACUGCAUAUUCAGUGUAGUGAACAAGAAGAUUACAAUGCUGAUGAAUCAACAAAUCUGUCGCUGCUGCUUAGUAGAGAAUCCCUUACAUACGUACAAUAUAUUUGAUGAUUCGCACUUACGUUUGGAUUUGCUACAAUUUGUGUCGACGUUGAACAUUGAACCGGAAGAUGGAUUGUCCGAAGUAAUUUGUGAAUGUUGUCGUUUGCGUUUACGCGAAGCUUUAGACUUUCGGCGUAGCUGUGAGGCGGCAGAGAAAGAACUAAGAAAGCGUUACGAUGAUACCAAUAAAGCGAUAGAGCAAGUAUUGAGUAUGGACAUAUUUGAACAGGACGCACAUGUGGGAAUGAUUUUAGAAAAGUUAGUCAGUGAUGAUAUAGAAACUGAAACAGAAAAUUUAAGUGAGCUAGAUAAUAUUGAAGUUUCAAUACUUGAUGAGUUGCUCUUUGAUGACAACAGUUUCAAUAGCAUAUCUGAUAAUGUAGAUAGUAUUAAUUCCGAUGAACAAGAUUCUACCAUAACAGAACUGCUUAAUGAUGUCCUCAAUGAUCAUGUUUUUGAGAGUUUAACAAAUUCUAAUGAAUUUAGCGAUAAUACACACUUAACUACAAAUGACAUAAAUGUGGAUCCCAAUAAACAGCAUCAUAAUCAGCAUAAUCAAGAAAAUUAUGUACAUCCUAAAGACUCUUCCAAAUCAAAGAAAACGAAUAAAGGAAAUGCUAAAGCCACACAAAAAUCAAAUGUAAAAUCUUUGCAUCCCUGCACUUUGUGUGAUAAAAAAUUUACACGUAAUUUUCAAUUGAAACUGCAUAUGAUCUCAGUACAUAAUGUGGGUGACGGUCUGCAAUACAAAUGCCUGGAGUGCCAGAAGACCUUCGCCUCACGCCAUAGUCUUAAAUAUCAUCAUAAGUCCAUACAUUCACUGGAACGCCCUUAUGCCUGCACACAGUGUGAACGACGUUUUGUCUUACGUACCCAAUUAAGCUCUCAUAUGCGCACCCACACCGGAGAAUCCAAACCACGCACUCAUGAGUGCGACCAAUGCAAAAAAAAGUAUUUAACGAAAUCGGAUUUGCGGACACAUAUGCGUUCACAUGAUCCCGAUAUGGAGCGUCCCUUCAAAUGUGAUCGUUGUGAAAAGUGUUUCUUCACUCGUGGACAUCUGAAUUCUCAUUUAUUAGUGCAUACCGGUGAAAAACCAUUUGCUUGUACAUUUUGUGAAAGAUCCUAUCAAAGUGUUGGAAAUCUGAAUAAUCAUCUUGUACGACGGCAUGCGGAUAUAAUUAUGGCUCAUCCAGUUAAUUGCACAGCUUUAGAGUCUCCUUUGUUGCCGACUGCUUGCAAUGCAUAGCAAAUCAACAUCUAUUGAGUCUGAUAGAUGCUCAGUUGGAGAUACGCCGAUCGUAUGGUUAACAAAAUCAGUUUCUACUAAGAUAUUGGUUAAACACGGGACAAAACAACAAUAAUAGGAGUAAAAACAAUUACAACAAUCAAAUUUAAAUUAUUAUCAGAGCACGAGAAAACUGUUCUUAUAAUAGAUGUAUAGUAUAGAUGUAUAAUAGAUGUUUUGAUAUAUAUGUAUAUAAAAAAGUUAUGUGUUAUAUUGUACUAUUAGAGAUAUGAAUCUUAAUGUUAAUACUGUAUGUAGUUAUAUAUUAAAUAUAUUUACUUACUGAUAAUGUUCCUAAUAUAUAUGUAUAAGGAUCUAUACCUUGCGGGCGUAGAUACAUUUUUACGACUAUAUAAAAACUAUAUAAAUUGCAUAAAAACUAUAUACAAUUUUUUUAUUUUAUAGAUAUUCUAUUACUGAUUUUUUGGGAGGUUGGAAAUGCCUACUCAGUGAUCACAACCUGACGCAUCGGAAAGUGACGCACACGAACUAAAUCCCUGCCCAUCAUUCUUAUCCUAAUUCGGGACUACUUUAGUAUAACUUUGCGGUAGGGUCCCUAUUAGUCAUAAAAGACUUCUAUCAGUGUGCUCUGCGUCCAGGUCCCGCUACUGCUUCAUUCUUGCACUUCGUUUAGACGUGACAUAACUGCUCGUCCCACCUGCCUUCUUUCUAGAUCUACUUUUUUUAGUCUUAGGCUGAAUGUUUUUGCAAACAUCUCAGUUAGUUUUGUUUUCGAUUAUUUUUUCUGCCA